CCAUUGUUUAACUGUCAAUAAAAAACAAAUGGCUACUUCAGCCAGUGCGAAAAAACAAGAUAUGCCCCCUGAGGGGGGCUACAAACCCAUAAGUUACAAAAGAAUCCCCGCGAAAACAUAUUUCAGCGGUUGGGCUCUAAUCGGGGGUUAUUUGGGGAUGACCGCCGCCGCGGGCUUUCUCUACUACCUGAAUUGCAAACGACUGCACCGGAACGAGAUUGAAAUGCGUUCUGGCCGCUUCGCAAUUUUUCCCUUGCUCUUAGCCGAACGCGACCGCGAAUACUUGAAACAACUCAGAAGAAAUCGGGACGAGGAAGCCGAGUUGAUGAAGAACGUAGAAGGUUGGGAAGUGGGUACUUACUACGGAGAGCCUUUGUACAAAACUGUCGAUAAAGACAAGUUGAUUGACCCCAUGAUGCAAGGAUACUAUGUUCACACCCCUUGGAAAGAAUUUAACAGAAGGGCUUUCAUCAGACAGUGGUCGUAAAUCGCACGGGCUGCAGUAGUUGUGUGUAUUUUAAUUUUGUUAAUAUAUUGAUUGUAAUUAA